UAACGCCGGUUCAUCCAUGUGGUAAUUAAUAAUGUAAUUUUGAUAACAUUUCUGCAUGUGCGAUUUGCCAUCUAUUUUAGUUUUAUUGUGGAAUUCUGGACGGAAAUGUGUUCCUUCAAUUUCGUCCCUCUAUUUUUUGUGUAAGGUUUAAGCGGAAGUUGGUAGUUUGUUCGUUUGUUUGUCUGGUUUUUUUUUUCAGAAUUAUCAAUUGCAGGAUGUAUCUUUUUUUUAUAUAUUUAUGGUAUAACAGCUCUCGUAUAUUUUAACUUGGUAUGUCUAGUUUUUAAGACCAGAAGAACGUUGUCGGUCAGUGUAGUUCCUCUAUCUGCAGUCUGGUGAUCACUAUCAUUCACAUAGAAGUGUAGCUCUCAGCCGUCACAGAUGUUGAUAAAAAGGCGAGUUCACGCCUGUUUAAUAGCCUCUACCAUGGGCUCGUUGGUGUUAGUAAUGAUGGCUCUGUACGGAGCCUUCGGUACACAUUCCCCCUCCUCUUCGAGCCUCAGACAGGACUACCAGCUGAUGGGUAGACCACUGUACAAACUGGACCUCGGCUGGCCCCGGAACCCUGAGCUCUUCACCGGCAACGUAUUCGCUGUGGCUGUGGACCAGUACGCUGGGGUGGUGUAUGUGGCCCAGAGAGGUGACAAUGUGCCCAAAGUGUUAGUGUUCACCACUGAUGGGGAUUUCCUUAUGGCUUGGAACACAACCACCCUGGAGAUGCCUCAUGGGAUAUUUUUAGCAGAUGCAGGGUCGUUGAAUCCUACUCUAUGGAUCACAGAUGUGGGGAAUGGCCCACACGGCCACUGCAUCAAACAGUACUCCCCAUCUGGGAAGCUACUUCAGGUGCUUGGCACACCAGGGAAGGCAGGCCACGGGUUGAACCCUCUGCAGUUUGACCAGCCGGCUGAGAUUUUCGUGCACAGCUCUGGGGAAAUGUACAUUGUUGACGGCGAUGGUGGAAUGAACAACCGUCUCAUCAAGCUCUCUAAAAACCAGGAGGUGGUGUGGGUGCAUGGGGAGAAGGGACCAGGCCCUGGCCAGUUCAACAUUCCCCACAGUGUGACUGUGGACAGGGCCCUGAGAGUGUGGGUGGCCGAUCGAGGCAACAAAAGAAUCCAGGUCUUCAACUCCAUCACUGGAGACUGGCUUGGCUCGUGGGGAGGCUGCUUCACUGAGGAUGCACCCUACUCCGUUCGCUUGACCCAAGAUAAGAAGUACUUUGUCGUUAUUCAGCUCAACACCAACCAGAUAUCACUGCUGGAUGCCCCACCUGUGGGUGUAAUUGGUGAGUGCAAAGUGAUUAGUGUCAUACAGUUGGCAGAGGAGGUGAAGCCCCACCUGGUGGACCUGGAUCUAAAGACUGGGGCCCUGUAUGUGGCAGAGAUCGGAGCCCAGCAGGCUCAGAAGUUCACAGCCUUUAGUUUGGAUGGGAGUUUUCUUUAGAGUCAUCCUGGGCUUUAACCAAACAAUGAAGUUUGUUUGUAAAGGAGUGACACAGAAACUGUGUCUGUCAUAGUCUUUGUAAAUAAUGUAAAAAUGAACUAUGGAUGUUCACAAUGUUAUAAAGGUAAAUGCUACAAAUACACUUUAAGUUGGCAAUUGCAUGUACUUCAUCUGAAAAGUGUUAUAGUGUUAUAAGUUUUAAGUCCAUCUGCACCAGUAUACAAAUUUAUUGAGCCAUGGCACAUUAGAAAAAUCCACAGCGCACCACCAAAUAAACUAAAUGUAAUGAAAUAUAAUGAUCUUCUAGUUUCUACUUAUCAACAAUUUAUCUGCUCGGAGUGAAAGCUGGACCUAUGUAGCUGAACUCAUACUUGCCGAAGAAAGACACGCACGAAUAACUUCAAUAUACAUAUAUUAUAUAUUUAUAACCAUCUGCUGCCACCUAGUGGAAUAGUAUUUAAUUGUUCUUUUUUUACUGUCUCGACAAACGAAGACAAAUUAUUUGAGGUUAAUAGGUUAGUAAAUAACAUUACGUUUUUUAGUUGAGAUCACAUCCAAAUUGCUGCACUUACUGUGGCAGAGUUUUUUAUUUAUUUGUGAGUUAAUACACCUGUUAGCUCCUGUCUUUGCAAUGCUUUAUAUCUAUUAAGGAGUAUUAAAAGUGAAAACGAUAUCUGGGGCAUUUUCAGGAAAUACAGUACUGAAAAAAAUUUAUAGAUGUACUGUAAAUACAGAUAUAGUACGUCUAUAAUUUGAGUUCUUUUGAAAGUGCUUUUUUUAGUUGUACAUUUUCAGGUAAUCUGUCAAUCGUAGUUAGUCAAUUUAGUCAGUUUAAUCAAAUUGCACUGAAGGAGUCUAGGUUUUCAGUGAUCUUGCAUGACUUCUAAAGCCCACCCGAAAUAUUAGAGGUGUACAGUACUCUUUACAUCAGGCUGUUUGCUUCUGUUGUGACUGCUUCUCUCUAAUGUGAACAUUGUUUAAUUGGUAUCAAUGAUGCACUUUAAGGUCACAUUAUACCGUUGGAAACAUUAGUUGAUGUAAUUCUCUUUUUUUUUUACUUUGACUUUGUUUGAAUGCACAUUUGUAAUGCUUAUAAUAAUUGUUUUUUUUUUUACAUUAUUGUCUUUCUUCCAAUAAAUAAACAGCGGUUUAUAUGUGACACUUAAA